CUCCCCCCAAACAACAACCCCCCGCUCUUCUUCUCCCCGUUGUCCUCCUCUACCCCUCCGCCGGCGCCAAGCAACGCCUCGGCCCUCCUCUCUUCUUCUUCUUCUUCUUCUUCUUCUCCUGCGACGCACAGCAGCAGCACCGCCGUGUCAUCCAAGACCUCCACUGGGCUGACCAACGUGAACACGAGGCCCGUAUCCACGACGACCGCCACGCCCAUCACGCCCUUCCACACGCCGGCCAGCCCACCCGGCCGACAGGUAUCACAGCCCGCGGGCACACCUGGUCCUGUGCGAGCCAACCAGAGCCCCUCCCCCGUGAGGCAGCGGGUCUCCCAGCAGACCCUGCUCCUGGGGAAAGGUCUCAAAGGGUCUGGGCCAGACCAGGUGCUGCUCAGAGCUCAGAUGCUGAUUCUCACGUCUGCUAUGCGACCUUCCCUUUCCUCUUCCUCCUCUUCCUCCUCUCCUCCUUCCUCUAACCAUGCCUCCGCUAAGCUCCAGAGCCUCACCCUGAGGCCCCCCCCCCACGGGGCCCUCACCAUCCCUCCCUCCCUUCGCCUCAAGCCGCCGUGCUCGGCUCAGCAUCGACUCUCUCGCCCUCAUGCCCCCCUCUUCCCCCCCCUGAGGCCGCGCCCGCAGUCCUGCCACACGGCGACGGAGAGACCAAACGCGCCCGGGCGCCACCUCUCCGUCCCGCCUCCGACUCUUUACUCUCCGGUCCGAGUCGUCCCUCUGAGACCCCGCCUCCACCCUGCAAACAGCCACAGGGCGGCGGUGCCGCGGGUGACCACGCCCCUCCAGCCAAUCGGCGCCGCCGCCCCCCCCGCCUGUCGGGCCCCCCUCCCCGUCAGCAGGCCGGGCGGCCCGUUGACUCAGGCGAUGCGCGGCCCGCCGUCCGCGUCCGCCGCCGCCCGCUUCCAGCGCUCGCCCUCGGCGGCGAGGCAGCUGCAGAUCAUCGCCCUCUCUUCAGGACGCCAGUCCUUUACCCGCCACACGCCGCCGCCGCCGCCGCCUCCCACCGCCGAGUCGCCCGAGCCGCCUGGCCAACUGAAGAGGACGUGGAGCGGCGAGGCGCCUCCGCUCGACCCGUCGUUGCCAAAGAACAGCUAUCGGCUCCCCUCGCCUCCGUCACUCCUGAGUGCGCCGCCCCCCCCCAGUCAGCCCGGCCCUCAGCCACCGGCUGCCAACCCGAGGGGGGAUGGGGAGGCCGGAGAUGAGCAGCGACAGAGAAGACGAUGGGUGAAGCAGGGAGUCUCAAAUGUGGAGACAGAGGGGAAGGAGGAGAGGCAGCGGGAAGAAAGCCUCGUCGCCCGGAAGGAGGCGGAGACGGCCGGAGAGGAGGAGCAAAUGGAGGUGACGGAGGAAGGCCGGAGCGAAGGCGAGGAGAAAAAGAUGGAGCAGGAGGAAGGAGAGGCGGCCAUGGACCAGUCUGAGAUCCAUCUGGAGACGGAGCCUGUCCACGCGCCCGACGCCGCUCACGACUCAGGGGGGGAACCGAAACCCACCACAGGCCUCGUUACGGCCCCAGUCCCAACGGCCCCAGUACCUGUCCCAGUACCUGUCCCAGUACCGGCCCCAGUUACUGUCCCAGUACCGGCCCCAGUACCGGCCCCAGUACCGGCCCCAGUACCUGUCCCAGUAACUGUCCCAGUAACGGCCCCAGUACCUGUCCCAGUGCCGGCCCCAGUACCUGUCCCAGUGCCGGAGGUCUCCGUCCAAAGUCAGUCUCACCAGGACCUGCAGCCGGUCAGCCAGGAGGACUUCUGUGAGAACAUGUCAACGCAAUCCGACAACCAGUCAGCGCUGUCCAGCCUCUCCUCCCAGUCGCCCCCCCCCCUCGCCAUUCGCGCCCCCCUCGACAGACAACCCUCCCCCCUCCCUCCCCCUCCCCUCCCGCCGCAGACCGCCCUCAGUCCGUCGGAGAAGGUCGGCGAGUUGGCCCGGUCGGAGGCGAAACCCCUCGGCCAAUCGGGAGGCGAGGCCGAGAGCCUCGACCAAUCGCCGGGCGGGCCCUGGGAGCCGAGGGCGUGGCCUGAGGGCCAGCAGGUGCUGACUCACCUGGUGGAGGGGUUCGUCAUCCAGGAGGGGCUGCAGCCGUUUCCUGUGAACCGCUCGUCCCUGUUGGUCCCGGAGCCAGGAGGCCAACCGGAGGAAGUGGACGGGACCAAUGGGAGCGCGGCGUCGCCCGCGGCGGACGCGACGGACGCAAGGGAACAAGCGGCGCCGCGCUCCAGCGAGUCGGAGGGCGAGGCGGCCGCAGACGCAGACGCAGACGACCUGGCCGACCGGCCCCCGCACAGGGACAGGACGGUGCUGCACUGCCAGUUCUGCGGGAAGCGAGGCCACGCUCACAACUUCAUGCGGUCCAAGCGAUUCUGCUCCACUUCCUGUGCGCGCGGGUUUAACGUCCGGCUGACGAAGCGCCUGCGGGCUCUGAGCGCGGGCAGCCGGUCCGAGAGGCCCCGCCCAGUCCUAAACAGGGCGGAGUCUGUUCCUGGGAAGCCUCUUCUGCUGAGACUGCCUCGGGAUCUCUGGAGCGCCGGGCGGCGUGAGAAGGAGGGGAAGGAGAAGGCGGCGGCCGAAGACGAGGGGGAGGAGGAAGAGGAGGAGGAGGACAUUGAGGGAGGACGGGAGGAGGAGGAGGACGACGACAUGGAGGAGGAUCCUGCCGUUGCCAUGACGGCCAGGAUGGAGCGCCGGGCAGCGCGGCGAGCGAGGAGGGCGUCCGCGCCCACGUUGACCUCGUCGGCGCCCACCAGCACGUUCCAGCCGGCGCCGUCCCAGUGGAGCGUGGAGGACGUGACCGCCUUCAUCCACACGCUGCCCGGCUGCGGCGACGUGGCCGAGGCCUUCCGCCUGCAGGAGAUCGACGGCCAGGCGCUGCUGCUGCUGACCGAGGACCACCUGAUGACCAGCAUGAACAUCAAGCUGGGGCCGGCUCUCAAGAUCUGCGCCCACAUCAACGCGCUGAGGAACCAGUGAGAGAGCGAGACGGGGAGACGAGGCGAGGGAGCAAAACCGGACACCCGGGACGACAGGACAAAGUCACAAAAAAAGAGAUCCGCGGUCAUUUCUGAGAUUAUACGUCGAGGUGUGGAGACGGGAGACGGGAGCAGAAGAGUCCAGAAGAAAUUUCAUCCGUUUGGGGCGAUUUGACUGCGGCAGGAGACCAGAGGGGCAGGGGGGGAUUUUGGAACUUUCUGUACAUUUUUCAUGCCAACGGAGAGUGUAAAUUUGAAGCUAUUUGAAGGAUUUUGAACAUUUAAUAUAUAUAAAUUUGUCUAUUUAGUUUUUUUAGAACGUGACGUCAACAAAGAAAAUCUAUCCAGUAGCUAAUAUAAUCGGUGUGUGUAAAAAAAUAACGAUAAUAAUAAUACGUAGACUUUGUAAGUGAUUAAUGAAAGUUUCAUGUUUUAUAUCACUAUAUUCUGGACAACUUGUCUGUGGAUUAAAAAAAGGUCACUAUCAGGGUAGAGACUUGUGUCUUUAAUCGUCACAUUUUUAUGGUAUCAUGCUAAAAAUUAUUUAAUAAAUAAUUAACGAUCAA